AUGGCUUCAUGGGGUGUGCAAGAUCUCCUCAAGGAAAUUGCUGACAUGGAGGUCAUCAGCAUGAGGAACCCUGGCUCAGAUCUUUUACCAAAGAUGCAGCAAGCUUUGGUGUCCAAGAUUGAAUGCACUCACUUGAUUACACCCUCCAACUAUGUGAAGAUCAUGGAUUGCUUGGAGAAGUCUACUUUACCUGAACAGAUCAAACAGGCUCUCUCCACCAGCUUUGAAACCAAGUGUGCGGCUGGUGUUCAAGGCCCAGCAUUCCUUGCAGCUGUCUACAGCCCUGAUGACCUACCUUUGACACAAGCAAAGGCUUUGGAUCAGCUUUUGGCUUUGAAGAUGGGUGAUCAUGAGCAACCAGUGCUUUUGAAGAGUGCCAGUGGCAGCACUUCUGCCAGUGAUGGUGUGGCAGGCUUGCUGAGUCAGAGGGCUUUACCUUCAGCAGCAGAACCUGCUGCAUUGCCUUUGCCUGCGCCAACCACCUCUGCAGAAGCAACACCUGAAGAUGACAGCAAGGCAAAUGAUGUCAGCAAGGGGGAGCCCAGCAAGACCUUGGAGGAGUAUGAACUUCAAGCACGCCAAAGCCUUUCUAAAAGGAAGGCAAAGAGCUUGGACAAGUGCCUCAAGAGACCAGCUGCUUGCAAAGCAAAGCCUGGACCUCAGCCCAAGGCAAAAGCCAAGCUCCCACCUUCCUCUGCCAGCAAAAAAUCCCUUGUGAAGAAGGGCAUCUUUGGAUGCCUUAGGUGUCGUGGAAACAGCAAAGGAUGUAGCACCUGCUGGAACCCAGAUUUCCAGGGUUUGCGUUUUUCUUCCAGGGAGGAGUGGGUUUACUGGAAGCGGCAGCAGGAGCAUGGCAAGUGA